AUGUCAAUUUUGGAGCGUGAAGAACCCCACUACUUCGGUGCUGGUCCUGCUUUGUUGCCAUCUGAUGUCCUCAAACAGGCCGCAUUGGACUUGAUCUCCUACGAUGGACAGAACUUGGGUAUCGGUGAGAUCUCGCACCGUUCGAAGCCCGCCAUUAAAGUCAUUGACGACACUAAAGCCAAUAUCAAGAAGCUUAUCAAUGUUCCAGACACCCAUGAAAUCUUCUUUAUGCAAGGUGGUGGUACCACUGGCUUCUCAUCUAUCGUUUACAACUUGAUGGCUCAUUACGCGAAGAAGAACAACCUCAAGAAAGGCAAGGCUGCUUAUGCAGUUACUGGUGGCUGGUCGAAGAAAGCUGCCGAGGAGACUCAGCGUUUGGGAUUUGACGUGGAUGUUGUGUUCAAUGGCAAGGACAAGAAGUUCGGCGACAUUGCUCCAUUUUCGGAAUGGAAGCCAAUUGACAAAGAGUCAACGGCAUACUUGUACCUCUGCGACAACGAGACUGUUCACGGUAACGAAUUCAAGUCCACUCCAGACGCCUCGUACUUGCCCGAAGGUGUUGAGUUGGUCGCUGACAUGUCCUCCAACAUCUUGUCUAAGGACAUUGACGUGAGCAAGUACGGUGUGAUCAUGGCUGGUGCCCAAAAGAAUCUCGGUUUGGCCGGCUUGACGAUCUACAUUGUCAAGAAGUCUUUACUUGAACAAGCAUCUGACGACGAAUUGAAGCAGGCUGGUAUUCCCUUGUGCCCCAUUGCUUUCCACUACCCAACUGUCGUCGCAAACAACUCUGCCUACAACACCAUUCCUAUCUUCACAUGUCAGAUCUUGAAGCUUGUCACUGACAAGCUCAUCAAGGAGGGAGGAAUUGAAGUUAUUGAAAAGACGAACAACCACAAGGCAGAGAUUUUGUACGGUGCUUUGGACAAACACGCCGAUUUAUUUAAAUUGCCUGUCACGAAUCAUGCUGUGCGCUCCCAUAUGAACGUCGUCUUCACUUUGCCUACCGAGGAGUUGACUGAAGAGUUCCUCAAGAAGGCCCUGGACAAGAAGUUGACUGGUUUGAAGGGCCACAGAUCUGUGGGCGGUAUCAGAGCCUCGAUUUACAAUGCCGUUUCUACCCAUAGUGUCGAACUUUUGGUUGAUUGCAUCAACGAAUUUGCCGCCUCCCACAAGGCUUAG